AUGGCUACCAAAAGAUCAAAUCCAUUUAUUGAAGACUUUAUGCCCCAAAGCAAAAUUCACGUGGGGCUCAAACAAUUCAACAACAAUGAAGAUAGGCUGAAAAAGGUUUAUGACAAAACUCUUGAACUUUUGUUCAAGGGAGCAAAAAAAACAUCAAAUCAAGAUAAUGUAAUUAUUAAUAAUAUGGUGACAAUUAAUAAAAAAGAUGGAAUGAAACAGCUGGUUAUAGGUAAAGAUGGUUCACUUCUCAGUUCAACGGCAAAGGUUCAAAAAAAGCUUUCAUCAGUUGAACACUGCAGCUGUGGCAAUAUAAUGGAAAUCAACUGUGGCUACUGCGAAAGAGUGCUCUGUGUUGUUUGUCUAAAUUUUUGCAACCGGUGUGAAAAAAGUUAUUGUUCACAAUGUUCUCUCAUUGGAGGUGAAGGUGAUGUUAUAUGUGUAUCUUGUUAUGGU